GCUUAUCACUUGACUUUUAACUAUAUAAACCAGGACUAUCUCCUUUGUUGUCACAAGUACCAAAAUGGCCACAUUUCUAUAUGUCAUCCUCGUUGUGGCUUUAGUUAUUUUGUCGACUUCAGAACUUGUAAUUGAUGUCCAACCAAACGUCAUAUCUCCAGAGAUAACUGCACAACUUGUGAUCAACUGUUCUGUAACCAACAACCAAGCUCAGAAUAUUGAUGUUAUCAAAUCUCUAACUCUUUCUCGUUAUAAUGAAACUAUCAGAGAUUUUGAAGUUAUGAUCUCCCUUGAUUUAUUGACACUAAAUCUAAAACAACUUGUGCAAUUUAAAUAUUCACUUAUCAGCUUUGGCAAUGUGUUUAUCUCUUUAACUAUUCUUCAUCCCACAAAGUCUGAUGCUAAGGUAUACAGAUGUAGUGUCAAUGGAGACAAUUCUAAUGAAAGAAAUAUUUCUUUGUUUGCUAAGAAGGCGGUAGAAUAUGAAACCAAUUCGACCGCUUUAAUUGAAGAGAUACAACGCUGCAAGAAAGUCGAGAGCAAAUGUCAAUGUUCUUUACAGAAUAAUGAUUCUUCCAGUAACUACAAAAGAUCAAGAGUUCACUUUUCAGGAAGUUCUGAAAUCAUUAAAGAACGGAUCGAGACUGUGACAUUGAACUGUACCUACCAGGCUUUAAAACAUCAACGAAAUGAAACCUCACUUCAGUCUUUGUACAUUCUUCAUGAGGCCAAUGGUGUUAUAGCUAAUAUAAAUAAAGGUCAACCCGUUGUCCAAGGAAGUAAUUUAAAAAAUGCUGAAGGUGAAAUAUUCGACAACGAAUCAAAAGAUUCAUAUCUUCAAGUCACUUGGAGCAGUCUGAAAUUUUCAGAGUCUGGGAAAUAUUUCUGUGAGGCUAACGUUAAACAUUCCGAUGGAAGAGCUGAGAGACUCAGUGAGAUGUUGAUCCUUGCAGUCGUGAGUCCAACUGUGGAUGAUUUGGUCAAAGUAGUGGAGAAACUAUUAGGUCAAGUUGAUGGUGACACUAAACAUAUUCAGGAAAAUAAUCAAAGUAUAAAAAACAUUAAAGAAGAGUUGAAAAUCAAAGAGCAAAACAUUAUAAGCAUCACAGCAGAUUUGAACAGCACACAACAAAUUAUUAGUAGCAUGAAAGAAGACAUCACACAAAAUCAACAAAAUAUAUCAAGCAUGAAAGAAGACUUGAUUAUAAAUCAAGAAAACUUAAAGAACGUAAAAGAAGACUUGAACAUUCAACAAAGAAAUAUCUUGAGUCUGGAAAAAGACUUUCACACGCAUCAACAAAAUUUCAGCAACUUUCAAGAAAAUCUAGAGAUUGUAUUAUCAAACUUUUCAACUGCAUUAAUUGAAGUAAAAAAUCAGACUGAUAAAGAAGAGAAUCAAAUAACAUCUUGUCGUGACGUCAACAGUAAAGACGAUCGAGUGGUCGUAACGUUAGCUUCCGGUUUAAAAGUCAUGUGUGACACCAAGACAGACGGCGGUGGAUGGAUCAUCUUUCAGAGAAGAAUCAACGGAAAAGUAGAUUUCUAUAGAAAUUGGCAGGCAUACCGUGACGGCUUUGGUGAUUACGACGUUGGUGAAUUUUAUCUGGGGAACGAAAACAUAUAUAUCUUGACAUCUUUCACAAAUUUUGACUUAAGAAUUGAUUUGAAAUUUAACUAUCAAAGUUAUUUUGCUCAGUACACAAAUUUUAAACUAUUAAGUGAGAAAGAAUUCUACAGAUUAAAGAUAGGAGACUACUCGGGAAACGCCGGUGAUAGUUUGUUAUAUCACAAAGACAUGUACUUUAGUACUUAUGACAAAGAUAACAAUAGAGAUCACAGAAACUGUGCAACUGAGUACCGGGGAGCCUGGUGGUACGAUUCAUGUCAUCACUCUCACCUGAAUGGUGUGUGGGGAGGUAGGGAUCCGAAAGGCCUUAUUUGGGAUAAAGUAACAAAUUACGAUGGGAGUGUUUCUUUUACUGAGAUGAAAAUAAGAGAAAAAAGAUAAGGCAUUGAAUUUCGUCUAAUUUGAAAUGCAUCACACCACUACGUAAACGUCAACAAUUUUUGUAGAAACAUUUCUAGUUCAACUAUCAUAUGAUUUCUAUAUUGCAAAAUGGAAAGAGAAAUCUAUGCAAGAUAAACGUAAUUAAAAUAGUUUUUAAAAGUUCAACUAUGCCUUUCUAUAUUAUUUUAAUGUUUCUUGUAAAGAAGUAAUUAUUGAAAGCCACUUUCCGGUGUAAACAAUGCCAUUAGACAAAAACACCAUUAGUGAAUUAAUUUUACUAUUCCACUAAUUCCAUCUUUAUGGCUUAAGCUAGCGAAAGAAUAUAAACUCUAACAAGCACAAAAUACUAAGAAGUAUAAAAUACGUUAUAAAAGUACAUUGACUUGCUGCUUAUGUAAUAACAAUAUUCUUUUUUUUUUAUAAAUAUAUUUAAAAAAAAUUAUUUUAUAUAUUUCUUAGUAGAAAAACUGUAAUGUUUAUAGCUUUACAAUUACUAUACAUAUUUGAUCAACCGGAUACAUAACAAGAUCUUUAGAAUUCUUAAAGCAUCAAAUGAUGUCAUUAAUUAAGUACAAAAGGAAUAGCACAUUACAUGUGGUUGGUUAGUCAGCUUCUUUCUCAUCAUCCUGCUAAAUUUAGAUGUUGCGUUGACAAGCCCACAAAUCAUAGCAUUAAACUAAAACAGACUAAAAGGACUACCAAAUGCUGUAAGUGGUUAAGCUUUAUCCACCAAAGUUUUCUGUCAAUACCCCAGGGUCAGGUCGAACCUUGUGAAAAAAAAUGUGAUUUUCUGCAUUUUGAGGUAACAAAACGUCUGGAUUUGGUCAGGUUGUACAGUAACUUUGUAAAGUUUUCUAUAGUCAACACAUAUUCUUACUGCGCCUGAUUUUUUCCCUAACUACCACUAUAGGUGCUGUGUAAGGUGUCUCUGUUGAUGAUAUAAUGUCUAACUUCAUCAUCAACUGAAUCUCUUCUUCCACUUUCUUCAUAUACCCUAAAGAAGCAGCGGUUCUCAACCUUUUUAGUUCCGCGAUCCCUCAUGUAAUUUCCCACAAGGCGGCGACCCCCAACCAUAAUUAUUUUUUCGUUUAUAUAGAUAAAUAAAUUUGUGCUCAUAAUUAAAUAAUAAAAGAAAAAUAUUAUUCAGA